GGGGCGAGGAUUCAAAGACCGCGCUGGAAGCGGAGGGGCAAGCCGCAGCCACCAGCCCACUCCCCUAUUCGGGGCAGGCACUGGAGUCAGCAUGGGGGUGACAGGUCUAGUUGGGAUGAUGGUCGUCCCCUUCCUCCUCCACCACCAAAAAUGGGCUCUGUUGCCUGAAGAAGCCACAGAAAUGAUCAGACUAGAAGAGUCUUUCUUCCCUCCUCACCCAAAGCCUGGGAAGCAGUCACGCACUAAGGGCGUGUGGCCACAUUUCCAAAGAUCUGAUGCCCAAGAAUCGGGAUCCCUGGCCCCUGCUCUCCUGCCUCCUCUCCUCCUGGCUCAGACAGCCCUACCUUGGUCCUAGAGCGUUCCUAGAAACCAGCUUCACUCUAUUUUUAUUAUCUCAAGUGUCAACGGAUUUCCUUGCUGCAGUAAAAAGUCCGUGGAGGUCUUGGAGACACAGCCUUCUCUUCAACACCUUCUGUGAUUAUAUGGGAAGCUUCCCAGGAGACUUAGAAACUCCAAGCUAGAAAGCACCAUAACCCCAAUUUGCUCUUAACAGCCGGAUCCUGAAGGGGAAAGGAAGUGUUGGGGCCCAGCUCCACAGCUUUCCCCUCUAUGAUGAUGAGGAUAAAUGUCCAAGACCUGCUUCAAGGGCAGCUUUCCACUACCCCACUAACUCCUCCUACAAGGAGGAAUACAAGACCAAGCCCUUUGGAGGCUAUAACGCUUUUAGCCAGCAAGGGUCAGAGUCAGACCCCUUGAGGGACACAGAGGAGGAGGAGGAGAUGGAGGAAGAGUUGGAGGAGGAGGUGGAGGAGGAGGAGGAGGAGGAAUUGGAGGAGGAAUUGGAGGAGGAGGAGGAAUUGGAGGAGGAAUUGGAGGAGGGGGGUAACAAAGAAGAGAGUUGCACAGCUCCAAACAAGUCAAUGGUGGAGACAGUGGCAAACUGGGGCACAAAAGCAGGUGAGGAUUUUGAGGACCCUGAGCCCCAACCUGAGCCUGUGGAAGAUGAGAUCGAGCUAUUAGAUGACACCCUUGAGCUGGAAGCAGAACAGGACCUGGAAUCGGAGUCAGAGUCAGACUUGGAAUCUGAACUGGAACCAGAGGCUCAGCUGCUCCCAGGAUCAGAGUCAGAGCUAGAAGAUGAAGUCCCUGUUCCCGUCAGCGUCUUUGUCCAAACCUCGAAUCUGGCAUUCAACCUGGCCCCAAGGAACGCAUCCAAGGGGCCCAGAGUGGAUGUCCAGAUCCAGACAGCUGUUGGGCCAAAGGGGACUUUGGAGUUAAGUAUUUCCCACGAGCCCCGGAGCUCAGAGCCCACACCAGUGAAGGAUGGGCUGCACCACACAUUCCGAUCAGUCUUCGUGCAGACUUCCAAGCACCUCUUCCGGAUGGACAAAGUGAUUCAGGCAUCUGAUCCCACCGUUCACAAGCUGCCUUUGGGCAUAGCACGCCACUCAUCCCCAGUCCGAGAGUGGCCUUUCCAGAAAUCUUUAGAAAAAGCCUCUAAGGAAAGCCUGCUCUCUGGCAACAAAUUGUCCAAGAUGUUCAUGGAAGAUGUUCGAGGACAAACCUCUCACCCAAGCCUGGGUAUUGAAGGUUUCCCACCACAAACCCCAAUUCAGUCGUUGCUACCAGAAAAUACGUCCACAGAAAUCCAAACGAUAACUUCCCAAAACUUCUCUGCUAAAUUUUCGGAGCCAUUGGACAUCAGAAUGCUGGACUCUCGCCCAACCUCUGCCAGCCUCCCCCCGGCACUAGUUUCUAGUACUAUGACCUCCCGCAAUUCCUCCUCUACAGAACUGGCACUAGAUUCCAAAGCUCCUCUUUCCUGCAAGUCCUCCCCAGGGCUGAGAAUGGAGUCAAGGUCACCUAUGACCCAAGGGUCAACCACAGACCUUUCCCUAGUAGCUGAGCAGACAGUGUCGCCCUUGCCCCUCUUGAAGCCACCAGAGGCAGGGGAGCCUCAGAAGUCUAUCAACCAGGAAUUUGCCCUGAAGCCAGGCUAUGUCUCAGAAAGAGUACCCAUGGAAGGGGAAGUUAACCAUCUCCAGACCCCAUCCUUGUCUCCAGUGCCACCUGGACCUUGGAAAGAGUGGUCACCGGCAGAGGGCCAAGAGAUCCACAGUGAUACAGAAAUGGUUCAGAUGGACCCAGGGUCUAUGGAGAAUGAAAUUGGGGAAGGUCCAACACAGCUGACCCCAAAACUGAAGAAAGAACUUUUGGCUUCUUGGACUGCCCAUCAGGCUCGAGCAAGAACCGGUCGAGGAGGAGCCAAACCUCAGAGUGUUGACAUCCCUCUUGCCAAUAGGAGACGGGACAUUUCCAGUCUUUUUGCACCUGUUGACAUCCCUGCUGAGUACGAGCAUCCUCUGACUUCUAGGCAGGUGGCAGCCUUCCAGGAUGUCUUCCAACUGUUUAAACCGGGCUCCCAGGGCAAGUUGGACAUGCGGAGCAUGAAGGGGGCACUACGGGCUGUUGGCAUCCAGUUGAGCCCUCAGGAAGUGUGUGAGGCCCUUCGGCGGGCCGACCUGGAUGGUGAUGGUGCUGUUGACUUUGAUGACUUCCUUGGGAUCCUGACAGACAACCAUCGCUUUGCCCAAUGCAUGGGGCGGAUGAGAAACAGUCGUAUCAAUGAUCCCCAUGGACUGGAAACCCUUUUCUUCGAGAUGAUGUCAAAGUUUGUGGGUCAAGGGGCACUGGCCCCCAAGUCAGUGGCGGAGGUGGUGAGUUACUAUACAGACAAGCAGAGAGUGUUACGAAUGAGCUCUUGGUGGAAGGGCCUGAAUCACAAACACAACCGAAGCUACCGAUCCCGAUCGCACACGGGCCUCAGCUUCUUCUGCCAGGCCACCCGCCUGGCCGGACUGAACAACCGGCAGCUCGCCAGAUCCCUGCAUAACCUCCGGGACUUGAAUGUUCAAGGCCCCUAUUCUCAUGUGCCCAAUCUGCCCUCUCGGACACGGUCGACCGAAAGGAGGAUUCGAAGCAGAGGCCCCCGUCUGAACAACCUCGCCAGGCCCUGCAAACCCAAGCCGCCUCAGCGCGAGCCCCCUAGGCGAAUCCCUGAGCCCUUAGGUCAGCGACCACAGUCAGAGGAGGGGACCGCAGAGCUUGGACCGGCUCCCUCCCCACCCACCCUGGUCCAGAGCCAACUCCCUUCCCCACCCCCUGCUACCCCACAGAGUCACUCUUUACCAAAUGUUUACCAAUAAAACACUCCCUUAGAGA